AUGAUGACCACUAUGAAUCCGAGGUCCGCUUCCUCAUCACACAGAACCCCAAAAGAGCUUGAAUGCAUUCAUCAUGAUGAGGAUGAUUUAACUAGCAAUUGCUCCGAUUUAGCACUAUCUGAUAAUGAACAAAACAAGGCAAUAAGUCUGCCUAGGACCAUACAACGACAACAUCAAGACAUGAACAAGGACGGUAAAUCCACUCAAGACAGUCAAGGGUCUCUCACGAGUGGCAUUUCAACUGCUAUGCAUUUGUCUGCAAUUUCAAAAGAAGCAACGACACAAUUCGUGCCAGAAAAGGAACAUGAAUUGUUUUUCAACUCUGCACAGCAGUUGGAAGAUGCGUUGUCGGGUGACGAGUAUUUGGCACAGGUAUCGAUACAAUCAGAAAAAUUAUCAUUACAGGAUGAGGAUUUGCAUGCUCAACUGGAACUUGGAUCAUUAUUUGUAGCAAACGACCACAAUUCUUCGAACUAUCAAAUGGAAACAAUUGAUACAACAAAAAACGAAAUCAUUAACAACAGCCACACUCUUUGUGACGCAACAGAAAACGCAUCUGUUUCGUGUUCGUAUGAAGAAACAACCUCUGCAGAGUAUUCGAGUGUGAAUACUGAAUGUGAAGAACCACACAAGCAAUGCUUAAAGACUGAACAGAAAAUCGAACCGACACUUGUGGACGAAGUGGAACAACAAUCAAUUGAAAAUGUUGCGGCGUUCUCUCAUCAAACUCAAGAAUAUGCAUUAUCACCACAACCACAAUAUGUAAAUAUUUCAACAAACCUUCAACUUGAGAACAUUCUCCUAACUUUAAUGUGGCAACCAUUCCCAAACGAAAACUGGAAGCCUUGA